UUCACAUCCAGCUACACAGGGGCUGUCUGGUGGGGUGAAACUGAGAAAUGGAAGAGUUUUACUGCGUUUGGAAAAUUGUAUAAUCACCAUCACCCAGGGAUUAAGGCUGGUCAGGCAGCAUGAGAACUGAGAAGCAAAGAAGGCAGGGACAGCCCUGGGGCUGCGGGUGGAAGGAGGAGGAGGAGGAGGAGAAGGAGGAGGAGGAGGAAGAGGAGGAGGAGGAGGAGGAAGGCAGCUGCUUGCCAGCCCUCAGAGCCUGCCAAGCUGCCGACCAGUGCUGACCGUAUGGCGGGGAGCAGGAGCAAGGCCACCCUCCGUGUGUGGCUCGUGUGCCUUGGGCUGCUUGGCUGUUUCUUGCUGGGCUUUCUUACAGGAUGGUUUACAAAACCAACCCAGAAAAGCCUCAACUCUUCAGAUGUCUGUCAAAAUGUGAGACAGAAACUUGUGGCUGAAAUGAAAGCAGAGAACAUCAGGAAAUUUCUUCGUUCAUUUACCAAGUUGCCUCACCUCGCAGGAACUGAACAGAAUCUUCUUCUUGCCAAAAAAAUUCAAGGCCAAUGGAAGGAAUUUGGAUUGGAUUCAGCAGAACUUGUUAAUUAUGAUGUGCUUCUUUCAUACCCAAAUGAAAAGCAGCCAAACUACAUUUCAGUAAUUGAUGAUCAAGGGAAUGAGGUUUUCAAUACAUCAUUGUUUGAACCACCUCCACAGGGGUAUGAAAAUGUAACUGAUAUACUACCACCAUACAAUGCUUUUUCAGCACAAGGAGUGCCAGAGGCAGAUCUGGUGUAUGUGAAUUAUGGCCGUACUGAAGAUUUUUUUAAGCUGGAACGUGAAAUGGGAAUUAACUGUACAGGAAAGAUUGUCAUUGCCAGAUAUGGGAAGAUCUUCAGAGGAAACAAGGUUAAAAAUGCCAUAUUAGCAGGAGCCCAAGGGAUCAUACUUUACUCAGACCCUGCUGACUACUGUGCCCCAGGAGUAGAUGCUUAUCCAAAUGGCUGGAACCUUCCAGGUGGAGGAGUCCAGCGUGGGAAUGUUUUAAAUCUGAAUGGAGCUGGGGACCCUCUAACACCAGGUUAUCCUGCAAAAGAGUACACUUUCAGGUAUAAAGUGAAUGAAGGUGUAGGGAUUCCCAAAAUCCCAGUUCAUCCCAUUGGAUAUCAUGAUGCAGAGGUAUUGCUGCGUGCCAUGGGAGGACCUGCAGCUCCAGACAGCAGCUGGAAGGGAAGUCUCAAUGUGUCUUACAACAUAGGGCCAGGAUUCACAGGCAACUCUUCUACAAGAAAAGUCAGAAUGCAUGUUCAUACAAGCAAUAAAAUAACACGAAUUUACAAUGUCAUUGGCAUCCUCAGAGGAGCUCUGGAACCAGACAGAUACAUCAUUUUAGGUGGUCACAGAGACUCUUGGGUGUUUGGUGGGAUUGAUCCAACGACCGGUGCCACUGUUCUGCAAGAAAUUGUACGGAGUUUUGGUAAAAUGAAGAUGGAAGGUUGGAGACCCAGGAGAACUGUUAUUUUUGCUAGCUGGGAUGCAGAAGAAUUUGGAUUAUUGGGUUCCACAGAGUGGGCUGAGGAAAAUGCCAAAGUCCUUCAGGAACGGGCAGUUGCUUACAUCAAUGCAGAUUCCUCUAUAGAAGGUAACUACACAUUAAGAGUUGACUGUACCCCUCUUCUCUACAAACUGGUGUAUAAUCUGACAAAAGAGAUUUUAAGCCCCGAUGAAGGUUAUGAAAAUAAAUCUCUUUAUGAAAGCUGGCUUGAGAAAGAUCCUGCAUCUGAAAAUAAUACCUAUCCCAGAAUAAAUAAACUGGGGUCAGGCAGUGAUUUUGAAGCUUACUUCCAGCGACUGGGAAUUGCAUCAGGCAGAGCUCGUUACACCAAGAAUAGGAAAGCAGACAAAUUCAGCAAUUAUCCUGUUUAUCACACUGUGUAUGAGACAUUUGAGCUAGUGGAAAAAUUUUAUGACCCCACCUUCAAGAAACAGCUAACAAUUGCCCAGUUACGAGGCAAACUGGUUUAUGAACUGGCAGAUUCUCAGGUCAUUCCAUUCGACUGUAGAGACUAUGGAGAAGCCUUAAAAGGAUACAGCAACAGAAUUUAUAAAUUGGCCAAGAAGCAUGAAGAACAGCUGAAACUUUACAAAGUAUCAUUUGAUCCUCUUUUUUCUGCUGUGGUGAACUUCUCAAAGGCUGCUGCUGAAUUUCACAGAAGACUUGAACAAGUUGACAAGAAAGAUUCAGUUGCAGUGCGCAUCAUGAACGAUCAGCUGAUGUUGAUAGAAAGAGCUUUCACUGAUCCUCUGGGCUUGCCAGGAAGGAAGUUUUACAGACAUGUUAUCUUUGCUCCAAGCAGCCACAACAAAUAUGCAGGAGAAUCCUUCCCAGGAAUCUAUGAUGCCAUGUUUGAUAUCGAAAGCAAAGCUGAUCAACAGGAAGCCUGGGAAGAAGUGAAGAGGCAGAUUUCCAUUGCAGCCUUCACUGUGCAGGCAGCAGCAGGAACAUUGAAGGAAGUGGCCUAAGAUGAUGGCUUUGAAAACUCACACAGCAGAUCUGGCACAGGGAGUUGUCAGGCUGCUGCAGUGGCCCCGUGUUCCCUGCCUGAGUCUCCGGCCUCCCAAACCACAUGGUAGGUGAUCAGAGCUCUGUGUGCCAGAGAGCUCCUGAGCAAGGAACUGCUGCACCUCUGGUACUGACAGAACUGUAGCUUUAGGAACAGCCCUGGAUAGAAGCAAAUUUGGUUGCGGGGAGAAGUGGGAAGAGGGGGAAGCAGGAACAAUCAGUUUCCUAUUAGAAUUUUCUGAGAGAUCUGCCAAUUUUGAGGACGUACUGUUUUGGACAUACAGUUACAAAAAAACAAUUAUUUGCCAAGCUACCUACAAAUUUUGUCCACAGCAGUGUUAACAGCACACAUUUUGACAGAAAAAAAUGUAAUACUUGGCUUGUCCAUUUUUCUUGUUCUGAUAAUUACUUUUAUAAUAGAAGACACCAAAGGCAUUUCAGAAUCUAUUCUGCAGGACUGGUGAAUGUUCUUUACACUGAUUUGUUUUCUUUUCCUUUAAAAAAAGUGACUCCUACUGACUGCCAAAGCAGUACUGGCUAUUCUUGAUAAUCAGGGAAAACAGCAGCUUAUAUGCAGAAAUCCAAAAGCAUGUUCUCAGUGGAGUGCACAUCUAAUCCUCUAAAAGUCACUAUGCAUCUUCCUCCUUUAUUUUCACUUUGGAAAAUAAAGAUUUUGGGGGAUAACCAAAAGCUGACUUCCCUGCUCUUUUUGGCACUUUCUCUAGUUCCAAACCCAUGGCAGCUUUUGUUCUUAUUUUUUCCCUUGCAAUCUCUUUCAUAUUUUUCCCAUCUGAAGGAGCUGGAGGAUAUUGUUGCUAUUAGCUUGGGGCUUGAGAUAAUUCUCUCCUCAAAUAAGAUCUGAAGAGUUUUCCACCAGGAUUAGAUUUUACAUUCAAAGAGAAACUGAAAUGCAUGAAAAGGCCAGUUGUACAAAACUGUUUAAUUUGUAUAAAGAGAAAAAAAAAUCUUGCUUCAUUUGCCCUUUAGAUUUAAUUCUCAUCUACAUGCUUUAAAACCUAAUAAAAUUGGUAGAAUUUUACUGAAUCACAUUUCAGCUUGUGGGAACAGACACUAAGGAAUUUCUUCUCUUAUGCAAAAUAAUACCCUUUUUCUCACAACCAUAAAUUGCACCAGGUUGUGGGAAUAAUAUUUUUAAUUUUUUUUAUGGGGAUUAGAACAGAUGUGGUACUAAAAAGGACAGAAUUAGAGAAUCAAGUCAGAGUUGUUGUUCUCAUCUCAGAUGCCUUGAAUUCAAACAAGGCAACCAGAAAAAACUUCCUGUGGGAAGUUGUUUUGGGGGAUAUAUGCUACCAAGAAGAGAGGCUUUCACUAGCAUUACUUCUAAUAAGCCUCCAUGAAAGACAAAAAAUUGUGUAGUUGUGGAUGUUGUUUCCAAAAUUUACUGUUCAAUUGCUUUUUGCAAAUCAACCCUUAGGCACAUGAGGAGGAAAUUACACUUCCAGUUUCUUCUGUUGAGAAAUGGGAGUGCAAAACUGACCUUGCUAGCCCACACCUACGAGACAGGAGUAGUUGAUGCUGGGGCACAGAGCAGGUGAGUCUUCCCCUCUGCUCUGGUGAGGCUCCACCUGGAGUGCUGCUUCCAGCUCUAAGCUCCAACAUAACUGGGAUGUGGGCCUGUCGGAGCAAGUCCAGAGGCCACAAAGAUGAUCAGAGCACUGGAGUAUCUCUCCCAUGAGGACAAGACUGAAACAGCUGGGAUUAUUCAGCCUAGGGAAGAGAGGGCUCUGGAGAGACCUUAUAUACAGCCUUCCAUUAUCUGAAGGGGCUUCAAGGCAGCUGGAGAGGGACUGUUUACCAUGGGCAUGUGGUGAUAGGACAAGGGAGAACGGCUUCAAACUGGACGAGGGUGGGCUUAGAAUAGAAGAUAUUCUUUACUGUGAGGGUGGUGAUGCACUGGCACAGGUUUCCCAGGGAAGCUGUGGAUGCCAUGUCCCUGGAAAUGUUCAAGGCCAGGCUGGAUGGAGCUUUGAGCAACCUGGUCUAGUAGAAGGUGUCUCUGCCCACAGCAGGGGGGGUAAGAACUAGAGGAUCUUGAGGAUCUCUUCCAACACAAACCAUUCUAUGACCCUGUGAACAAUGGCUACACUUUUGUUGUUCUCUUUACUUUUACCUGACUGGGGACACUCACAGUAAGUAAAUCUCCACAUCUGUAGCUGAAGCUACUGCAUAAGGAUGUCUUGCAAUGAUGUGACUGGCCCAUAACUGCACUGGGUUGUUUUAUUCUCUUUCUUCGAACAGUGUGCCCUUCCUGCUCCACCAUAAUUUACAUUAACUGCAAUGGGCAGUAGUGAAUGUGUCCCCAUGGGAAGGUCAGGAUAUUUAAAUGGUAGAAAAAAGCCAUUAGUGCCUCUUCCUUAUGAGCAGCAGCCAAAUUUGGAUCUGUCAGUGGUUGCUGCUUGUAGGAUCAUCAGAGUAUAAGGCAAAGAAGGAGUUUCCUCAUUGAAAAGAAAUAUUUGAUGAAACUUUCUCUUCCUUCAUUUACAGAAAUGUAUAAACCAGUGAACAACUGUUUCACCAGUAAACACAACUCUUUCAGUGGGAGUUAGCCUUUGAGGUUCUGUGCUAUUACCCUGCUGCUGCAAAAGAACAUAAAAUCCCUCCUUGCUUCCCUGUGAAGUUUGAAGCUGUAAGAAUAAAUUACAGCUCACAGCAGGCUGAAUGCACAGCUGGCAUUGAUCGCUUUGUUCCUCUUGUCAACUUAAUUGAUAACUGUGUGGAUGUGAGAUUGAUCAUGAUGAGCUACAUCCUGAGAAGUAUACAAAAUAGAUUAAAUCUAUUUCCAUUCCUGUCCAUAAAGUUCUACUGAGGGUGAGUGAUCUCCAAACCCUUAUAAAUAAGGAAACCAAACCACUUACAAAUGUCUUAUAGUAACGAAUUUCCACAAAAUCCCUUACUCUUGUUAUUGAAAGGAUCAGUUACUCAGAGCUCUAAUUGCCUUUCCUUCCUCAAGGAGCAGAAUCUUAUGUUCUAUAGAUAAGCAAACCAGCCUCUGUCACUGUGUCCCCAGUCCAAAGCAUAGCUCUGCCUCCCCAUAAUUUUAAAGUGUGGGAAGGGAAUUUUUCAUACUCUCUUCACAAAUGGCUAACACUGGAUCACCUACUUUGUCCUUCCUUGAUUCCAUUUGCCCAGUUCCUUAUCUCGGACUGGCUGAAGCAAUCAGUGAAUCUUACAACUGGGAGAAACCACAGCCCAUCAUCCUAGACUGGAGCUAAAGAACAGUCUAGCAAAAAUAAACGUGGAUGAACCAAGUAUCAACUGCAUAUUUGGGUUGUCAAUUGCAACUUUAGAAAACCAGUUCCAAAAGGACAGUGCCUGAAUGUUUAUUUCAGCUUGGGGACAAUUUUAGCAGGACCUUUUGCAUUAGUACAAGAGGUAAUAGUUUUAAACUCAAAAAGUGUCAAUUUAGAUUAGACAGAGGAAGGAUUUCUACAAUGCAGGUGAGGAAACAUGGGAACAAGUUGCCCAGAUUGAUGGUAGAUGCCCCAUCCCUGGAAACAUUCAGGGUUAGAGCUCUGAAUAACCUGAUUUGGUUGAAGAUGGCAAAGGGAUAGGACUGGAUGGCAUUUAAAGGUCCCUUCCAACCCAAACCUUUGUUUAAUCCCAUGAUUCAGAUCCUCUUAUGGUUGAAAUACUUUUGGUUUGCCUUUGGAAAGAAAUCUGUGCAACCCCAGGUGCUGGAAUCUCCAGGUGACACUGUGUCAAACUCAUCUGGGGACCUCUCUCUGCAGCUGCUAGAAACUGGAUAUACUCAGCAUGAUCCCUUGUUUUUUUCCUCUCUAAAUUCCUCUAGUUUAAUUCAUGGGAUUUCAGUGUACAGUUUACAGCAAUAUUGAAAAAGCUGAAUGAUGGUGAACAUCAUGAACUUCCCUGUGGCAGAGCAGAGAAGACAACAUUAAUUAAAUUGAAUAUAAAACUCUUGCUUCUGCUGUUCAGACCAGAACUAAAGUGCUCUGUUCCUCACUAAACAGCACCUGCUGACAGAAAGGGUCCCUGGAGAAACCAUUAGGAGCUGAAUUUAGCAAGCAGUCUUUGUUAAGGUAAAAGAUUGUUCCCAUUACACCACCGACACUUGUGCCAGUUAGAAUCUAUGCAGUCAGGGAUGUUCCUGUCAGCACUGACAGUGCUUCUCCUGAUGGAUGCUACACCCUUAAACAUCUUCUUCAGCUUGGGGAGCUCAAGGAAUCAAGGAGGAGGAGGAGGAGGAGGAGUAAGAGUGCUUUGUUACACACCUCAUGCAGGAAGGGGUGGACAUAGUUCAAAUAAACUCCAAACAUGUUCCAACCUUUAAUUAAGGGAAAGAACAGGAGAGGCAAUAAUAGAAAAGCAUUUCACAGGAGGGUACUGGAUAAGAAUAGACUUGCUAAGUUUACACAGCACCUUCCCCAGAUGUGCUUUGCUAGCUUGCUGACAGUGCAGCUGACGUGUUCCUGAUGCUGCUAUCCACAUUACUUCCAAACUUGGCCCUACUUCUAGAAGGAAACCCAAGUCACAGUUGCUGGACACAGUGACUGUUGUGACAACACACCCUUAUGUAGCCUGUAAGAAGCAGGAGUUCAGGCAGAGGACACAGUGUGGUCAGCUGUGAACACUGAGACUGAAAGAUUUAGAUCUCUCUGAGGUCACUCAUCCCUUCAGAUAUUUCUGGAACCAACACCCUCCUACUGAAGCACUGCUUUUGUUUGCUCAGCUCUGUCUCGUAGUCAUAUUUCCAUACUCUCCACCAGAGCCUGCAUGCCUGGACACCUCCUGCCCGCACUAAAGCUCUCUUCAGCACACACCACAUCAUCCUGGCACUACCCUUACAGGAGUGUGGGUACUGACAGCAGUGACAGUGUUGUCCUCUGCCAUGGCAGAGGAGUCAAAUAUAAACAUCCUGCCAGUCUUAUUACAGGCAGAAAGAAACACACUUCCUAGGUAAAGGCAGGUUCAUGGUUGAGUAUCCUCAAAAUCUUAACUGUGUGAUCAAAGAAUGAUUAGUCUCUUAUUAAAGAAAAAGAAAGGCUAGAACAAACAUUUCAAUAAAAAAGAGUUAUAAUAUUUAUGAACUGUUUAUCUAUCUCGGAUGUGCAUUAUCUAGAAGUGCCCCUUCUCCAAUCACCCCAUGUCAGCAGUCCUCUACAACACAUCCCAUGCCCCAGUUUACAAGGGCCCUGCAUGUAUCCUCUGCAACAUGGCACUAUAAUCAGAAGUAAGUUGCUCCACAAAGUGAAUCUGCUUUAGUUUUAGUAGUUAUAUAAAGCAUGUAUCUACAUCGAGCAACUACAGAAUGAGAAACAAAGUGAACCAAGUAAGAAAAUAGCCAACUGGAUCUGAGAAAAGUUUUAACAGCCAAACAUGCCAGAACAAAGCUACAGACAGGUUAAAAGAAGUUCAGACAAAGCAAGCCUGGCAGGUUCUGGGACCCUGCAGAGCUGGAAUGAAGCUUCUGCCAUGCUGCCAGCCACAGGAAUCCUGGGUUCAUUGAACUGUCAGCAGAGAUCGGCACCUGGGGACUACAUGGGGGAGGUCCCAAGUUUUUUAAAGAACAAUCAUUAAAAACAGCUAUGUAUCCAUAGUCAUUUGCACACUUAAGUGUUGAGUCCUGGUAAACAUGAGAAAUGGAUGAAAUUAAUCCAGCUUUUCUGUCUGUAUUUUCAAAUCAUUUCAGCCUGACUGAAUUUUGGUUUUGCAAGUAUCAUUUUUGUCAUCUGCAGUCUGAUAAAAAACAACCUGCCUGAGGACCAGAUAUUUGUAUAGGAUUCCGAAUGCAACUGCAGGACUUGGCAUGUGUCUCUCAGACAGCACUACACUUCAUUUUGUACUAAAACAAUUACCAGAAUGUGGAUAAGCUCUGGCAAAAUCUGUUAGCUCUCUCACAGAAACUGCUCAGUCUGCACAAAACCAUACUUCCAACUUCAGUGAAGAACACCUGCAAUGCAUGGAGGAAAAGGGAGGACACACAAUGCUGCAGGUUGCAAUAUACUCCUGAAUAGUUAUGCUUAUUAAAGUACCAUUAUGGGACAGUAUAGGGUAAAACAUAUGUGCAUUAUAAAAUACAAUUGUGAAAUACAAGAACUCAUUAAAAUGACACAUGUUUAGCUUAAGAAUUAUGCACUCAGCAUUUGGGUAUUGUCACUAAACCACACUGAAUUUUAGGCCACGUUUCAUUGUGCAGUCCCAACCAUACCCAAGUCUUCAGGCAAUGUGUGCCAAUAUAACUGUUUAAUAAUAAACGCAACAAAUUUAAUUGGCUGGUUUGUAAAGUAAAAUGUUGUUGAGGAAGAGUAACAGCAAAAGAAGCACUGACCCAUGGCCCUAUGUUCACACAGCAAGGUGAACCCCUACAAAGGUAUGGGAGAAAAGUAUAAAACACUGUUAAGUUUAGCAGUUGAGAGCUGUUGCUUUCUAUUAUCCUUAGCAUGUCUUCUCUGAAUUAUUUUUCAACAAACAUGUGACAAUCUUUCUCUCUUAAAAGCUUAUUUUCAACUACAUUUCAAUAUCCUCCAUUCAUUUUACCAACCUUCUCUUAUUUACAGCUGUUAAUUGCUCUUGGAAAGCACAAGCAUCCCACUUAAGUUAUCCAGUUAAGUAAAACUCUGGUAACAGAAGAGUCAACAAGCUUCCAGUUCACAAACCUAUAGUUAAAGAACUUAAACUACCUCUUUAUUGUAGGUUUUGCUCAUGAGCAGAUACUCCAAAUGUUAACUGCUUUUGUUACAGGCAGAACAUUUAAAAUUUGGGUUGUUUAUGUACAUAAUGAUAUAACCUGAUUACAAGGCAUUCCCUUGAAAAAAACCUAAAUUAAGUCCCUGGGGGUAUAGAAGCACACUGUAUCAACUCAGCCUCCUUAUACACAAGCCUGAUUUCCAAUUAAGGAGGAACAAAUUAAGUUAAGCACAUUAGGCUAGAAGCACAUUAGGUUAGUUUUCUCCCAAGCAUGGAACUCAGCAGUAAUAUUGCGUAUCAAUAUUCAUCAUAGGUUUAAAUCACAUUUCAGAGAACAAGGGUUCCGGACUAAAAAUAUUUCAUAGAUCAUUGUACGGCAAAAGAUCUGCCUCCAGGUACCUUUAAAUGAAUUUUUUUUUUUUUGCAAGGCAGUGUUCUUUAAAAUUUGACAAAGAAUGAACUUUUCAAAUACCUGUUUCCAGUAGGUAACAAAAAUAUUUUAUUCAAAAGGAUACUUCCUUUUUUGCUUAACAGUCAUUAAGACUGUGGAUCAAUCUGUAAUGUCUGUGACAAUAUUUUGGUUACCCCCUCUGGUUAAAACAUCUACCCCAACUCUGGGAAAACACCAAGUAUUCAUAUACCAUAGAAGAUAUAAGGCUUAAAGAGGUGAACCCCUUUCUACACUGAGUGAAUGCCAGAGGUUUUGAAAAGUAUCUUCUUUUUCCAAGAAACCAGAAAAAAAAUCAUCCAAGCAACAGGACCUUCAGCAACUUUAGAAACAGCCACUGUAUCUAGAAUUACUCCACUUCCAUUAAGUUUGUGACAGCUCAAAAUUCUUAAACCGAACUAUUUCUGUGAGUGAGACAGGCCCUCAUCUUGAUAAUCACAGUCAGAUUUCUGCAAAACUCACAUAUCCUGACUGGGCUGUAGCAUUAGAAAGCAAUAAACAAAGAAAGGAACUACAGGUGGGGAAAAAAACCCCUUGGCGAUGCCUUUUCCCUCCUGUAUAGACUCACAUGUGGAAAAUGUCCACUUACAUUUUACUUCAACAACCAUGUUGCAAACUAACAGGGAAGUUCUCACCCAUAAUAAAAGGAGUCGAAAACCAACCCCAAAUGCAACCAGCAUGUAAUAAGAAUUUUAUUGAAUACAUUUAGAAAAAACUAGAGCAUGAAGACAUGAGAUUAAUUUCUGCAUUGAAGUUUUAUGAAUGCGCAGAAUCAAACAGCCAUGCAAAAAGUCAUCUCCUCUUCAACUGCAAUUCAAGACUCUUAUCAUGAGAAAAUUAUCACUACCCUAAAACAGUGUUCCAGACACAUAACUCAUUACUUUAAAAAUUAUUUCCUUCCUGCACAGAAGUAAAAAAAAAUUAGCAGCAAAUUGGGAAAGACCAAUCAUUAACAGGUACAGUAUUUAUUUAAUCAGUACUCGUGCCAUGUUUAAAGAAUGCAAGCCAAAAAUGCAUCAUUAUGUAGAACAGGUAUAUUUUUUUUCCAAGGCAAAAUUCCUAGUAAAACUAAUUCCUAAACUACUGAAAUGGUGACUUGGUAAUGUACACAAUCCAGAAUACCAUCCAAUGGAAGAUUUUUUUGUCAAGUUGUAUCAAUGCCAUGCAUGACCUACGAGUCAGAGUAGACAAUCAGCCCUGUGCUCAGCAGUGUAUUAACAUUCCACUUAACUUCCAAUUCCUCUGAGAAAUGUUAUUACAGAUACAAGAUCAUAGAAUUGUUAAGAUUAAAAAAACCCCUAAGAUCACCAACCACCAAAGUAGCACCACCACAUUAACCAUUAAACCAUGUCCUUAAAUGCCAUACCCAUAUGUUUUGGACAGCCCCAGGUAUGGUAACCGCAUUGCCUCCCUGGGCAGCUUGUUGUAACGCUUGACAACUCUUUCCAUGAAAAUCAUUUUUCAUAACAUCCCAUCUAAACCUCUCCUGGCACAACUUGAGGCCAUUUCCUCUCAUCCUAUCACUUGUUACCUGGGAUGUAAUAUUAAGUACAAAAUAUGUUAUGUUAGAUAGGAAAAUGGCCUUAUUGAGAGAAAAUAUUAAGAUUUGUCACAAACUUGUAUACCCAUGCAAUUUUUCCUGUUAUAAAGGGAUCCUGAAGGUAAAGCUUUAUAUGCACCUGGACAAUCAGUUCUGACUCAUGUAACAUGCUUGUCUACAUGUGUAACACAUAAUCCCAUACUGAAACACACUUCAGCUCUUAAACACUUAUUUAUAAAAAUAGAGUUAGACUGUAUCAACUUAGUCAAUUGGAUAAAUACAGCACAACAUCUGAAAGCAUGAAAAAAGGCUAAAUUCAACACCAAGUAUUCCUGUUCAUACUGGUUGGCAAUUUAGUGUAACAUUACAAGACAGGUGAAAGCCUGUGAUCAGAAACCACUUUGCUUACUUGACAAAUCUUGCUUUUGGGAAAACAUCAAUCAUGAUUAGUACACAAGUUUAGUACACUACAGUUGGCCUCAUCUUCUCUCCACACUUACUAAUAAAAGUUACAGCCAAGCCAACAUUCCAUCGAAGUGUCUGCUACCACUAUGCAUGAUGUCAUUGCAUGAAACACCACAAUCAACCCUUGAUGUGUUGAAGCCUGUGAGGAACUGCUCAAAACACACAAAUUCAGUGAGGGAUACAGCUCUUGCAGCUUCAGGAUAGAUGCAGACAUAUGGUUAUAAAAAACUGCUAAGAAUUGCUGCAGUUAAACUGACAGUUUAUGGCAGUCUAGGCCAUCUGAAGGUUUAUCUAUUUUGAAAAUCAUCCCAGGCCACAGAAACUAUGCUGUUAUUGUAAAAUCUAUACCUUCUUGCCUGACCAACGCUGGUGGGGUUUUUAUGGGUUCUUCUUUGCUUGCUUUUUUAAACAGGUAAGUUUUAAAAGUGGUUGUAUUGCCACUGAUGGGGGGAGUCAUUAUAGAACACCUGAAGUAUCUUUAGUUAUGUGCUAAAAGUAUGAACAACAGGAGAAGAGCAGGAGGAAGGAAUAAAAAACAAAAGCAAAAUUGGGGACUGUAUUUACAGGAGCUUUCUCCCACUUAUGGCCAAGGUGACUAAGCUACCAGGAGAACGUAGUUUGAAAUUAAGAGUGUAACAAGUAGUUACAGGAUCUCAAAGCCUGCAGCAUUUACAGCAGAUGGUCCAUUCAUCCACAUUUCUCUCCACUUAGGGUGUAAUGCACUAAGGCAGAAUAUGACUUAUUUAAAAAACACAAAUUCCGUUUUGCCAAGGAAUUCCAUUUUCCAUGUAGCUCUUUAAAAUGGUUUUUACAUUAUGUAAACCUACUGCACAUGAGGAUGCAAAUUAAGUGAAAAUAUGUUUUCCACAUUUUUAAACAUAUUUAGGAUAUUUAUAUAUCCAUAUGGAUAGAUACAUUUGAACUUGCUUGUUAAACAAGAACUUUAUCCUGGCAUUUAAGCACUGCUGAUUUUGCUGUCCAAGUUCGGAGUUCUGCACACACAAACACAGACGGCAUGCUAGUAGCUACAGCUAUCUAGAAUUUUUCAUCCACUGAUGUUCUCAGUGUCAUACUAAGAAGUACUCCACUUGUUGGUUCAGAACACAUCCAGGAACAUCUGUCCAAUUUUCACAGGACCACUUGGCAGGCACACAUUUUAUAAGCUUGUACCCUAUCACUUUGCAGUGCCUGACAUUUUCAAAUUACAAAAAAAAAAGAAAAAAGAAAAAAGAAAAAAGAAAAAAGAAAAAAAAGGCAUUAUUAGAAGUUAACAGAAUCUAUACAGCACAACCUACAGCUGAAAUUUUUUAGAAGGGCCCAAGGAAGUACAAAACUAUGCUCAAACUAAGUAAUCGAGCACAAAAGAUCUUGAAAUGAAGGCAGAGAAGCACCAAAACAAUUUUUUAUAUGUAUACAUGUAUAUAUAUAUUUGUAUCACCAGUGUUACUUUCUUGGUGUUCAGGGAUGGUUUCUUUGGUAAUGUAUUUCCUACUACUUUAAGCAUGAAGUAGGACUUCAAGUAUUGUUAGAGACAGAAGUCUGAGCUCAAGUCAAAUCAUACUUAAUGGAAAACAGCAAGAUUCUUAAAAAUCUGUCUUUCACUUCAGAUUGCCUUUACUACACCCUGUGUUUCUCCUGACACUAUUCCAGGUCUGCCAAGACUGGUAGAUGAGCAUCCAUACAUUCUAACAGUCCAUAAGACCUCUUGUUUACAUAGAUAGCAUUAGGCACAAUAAAUAAUGGUGUGCAUUUUUUAUUACUUUUAUAGGAAAACAUCUUUAUUUCGGCUGCAAGCCAAAACUAAGAAAUUAUUCCAAGCAGAAAUGGAAAGCAACAUUACUGUGUGUGUUGCUGCUUGGAUAAAAAAAAAAAAAUCUCAUUUUUACAGCUACCCUGUUUUCAGCCACAUACCUUUACUGAUGAACUGAAAACAAAACUACAGUCUUGGUUUCUAAUUAGGGUUUACUUAAAAGAUACAGUAUUCUUUUAAAGUAUUUUGAUAUAAUUAAAAUUUAAGACAGACAUUUUAAAGCAGUUGUUUUUCUUAAAAUUUGUCCUGUAUGUAACUGCAGUUCUUAGAUGACCAUCCUCAGAGUCAAGAGAUACACACAUUUAUGUGGCAACUGUUUUAUCAAGACACCUACAGUGUGUCCUGGCUUCUCCUACUACACAUAUCCACCUAUGAGAAGAGUCUUGAGAUUUUCACUGUUGUAGAAUAGGACAGACUAUACAUUCUAAAGGCUGUCAAAUACGUACAGCGCUUUGGUAAUUUUAUGAAACUUGGCUGUUUGCAUACUCUUCACGGCUGAAAUGCUAAGUUAUACAGCUAUUUCUCUGUCCAUUUGCUUUUAUAUUUAAUUAUUCAAAUAGCAAAUGUAAAGCAGUAAAAAAAAAUCCCUUCUUGCCACCUUUUUUUUAACUUUAACCUGAUCUGCUUUGAUACACGAAAGACAGCAGGAGUCGCCAAGUACUGAAAUCCUUGGAAUAACAGCAAUUAUUUAAUCCCUCCAUAGCCAACAGGUAUUGAAAAAAACCUUCGUUUCAGAACACGGAAGUCUACAAACGUACAACUUUGUAUUUCUGUUUAUGUAACCUUUUACUCUAGAUGUGGAAUAACAUGCUGAUCAGUUCAAACUCAGAUUUUUGUAUCUGCAUACUGUAUGCUUCAUAACAGUGUUGAAUUUAACACGGGCUACUGAAUGCAUCCAGUCUAAACAGAACAGCUGAAAAACAAAGAAACCCACUGUGAACAGAAAGCACAUCUACUGGGAUAGUCAGUGCAUGGUAGGGAAGGCUGCAAGCAAAGGGCAAUAGCUGUUUUACUCUAAAUUCCCAUGGAGACAUUGCAUCUCACAUAAACAUACCCAUGGGAACAAGAGCAGAAAUAACCGCUACCCUUUCAAGUUUACACCCCCAUUUACUGUGCGUCAAAUUUCUUUCUAGAAGGGAACAGAUGAUCUAGCAUUAAAAAAAAAGGAA